GAAAGACAAACUAACAGAUCAGCGUGAGCGAGACGCCCACAGACAUGGCUGAGCCCAAGGAAGUCCCAGAAGAUUCCAGCAAAGUCAGCUUCUGGCUGCCCGGUAACUACCAGCGCACUGUGUUGCGGACUCAGGACUCCCACCAGGCGUGUAAGGACAUCGUGGCCUGUUUCCAGGACCGGGCGCGCGUGGAGAAGCAGUACGCCCAACAGCUCAGCGACUGGAGCAGCAAAUGGAAAACUAUCAUUGACUCUAGGCCUCUCUAUGGAUCCCUCCUGCGGGCGUGGCAGUGUUUCUUCUCCUCCGCCGAGCGCCUGUCCACGCUGCACUCCUCCAUCUCCCAGGCGCUGGGCUCGGAGGAGGGCGAGCGGAUCAGGCUGUGGCAGAAGGAGACCUUCCAGAAGAAAAUGUUCUACGGCUUCAGAGAGACCUACGACUUCUCAAUGGGCUUCUCCCGAGCGCAGAAACCCUGGGUCAAAAAACUGAAAAAGCUGGAGAAGGCUCGUGCGGCGUAUCAUAAAACGAGUCAGAGGGAGCAGACGGCAGUGGACCGAGAGAAUCAGGCCAAGGGAAACCCCAACCUCAGCGAACAGAAACUCAACAAGAUUCAGCAGGCCAAGGAGAAAGCCAGUCAGGACAGAGACAAGGCUCGGUCUCGUUAUGAGAAAGUUCUGGAAGACGUCACAGGCUACGCCCCUCGUUACAUGGAGGAGAUGGAGGCUGUUUUCGACCAGUCACAGGAAGCUGAGAGAAAGAGAAUCAGCUUCAUCAAACAGGCCUUCCUGUCCAUCCACAGACACCUGGACAUCACAAACAAUGACAGUGUGAAGGCUGUGUACAGUGAACUUCAUCACACUAUCAUGUCCAUCAGUGAGCAGGACGACCUUCGCUGGUGGAAAAACAACCAUGGACCAGGCAUGCCCACUGACUGGCCCAAAAUAGAGGAGUGGGUGCCACCGGUGAAAAAGCAGAAACGAGGGAAGAGACCGAAGCAGGAAGCACCAGACAGAUCGGUGAUGAUAGGGGGAGUGAAGGUUAAGGCUCUAUAUGAUUAUAAAGGAGAGGAAGAGGAUGAGCUGUCCUUUAAAGCAGGGGAGGAGUUUCUGAAGAUUGAGGAAGAGGAUGAUCAAGGCUGGUGUCGUGGAGUGAAGGAGGGAGGAGCUGAGGGAUUCUAUCCUGCCAAUUACGUGCAGCUCAUACAGUGACAUCAUCCUGGGGGAGGAGCCA